AGACAGCUCCGAACUCCGUCCCCGCAUGCGCCAGCCCCUCACGAACCCACCGCGUUCUCUGCCGCUAGCCCUCUUGGGCGCCGGGUUGCCAUGGGAAGCGGUGCGCAUGCGCAGGGACGCCUAAUGGAACGUGAGCCAGCCGGGUCCCCGCGUUAUCCCUGGAAACCACCGGAGCCUGGCGAUUCGAAGGGAAAACGCCAGGCGAUUCAAGAUGGCGGAGGACCUGGACGAGCUCUUGGAUGAAGUCGAGUCCAAGUUUUGCACACCUGACCUUCUAAGACGGGGCGUGGUCGAGCAGCCCAAAGGCUGCGACGGCGGCACACACAGUAGCGACUGGAACCAAGCCGAGGCGAAAGAGAAUCUCAGAUCAACAGAAACAUUUGAAAAAGAAGAUGAUCUUGACAGUCUUAUUAAUGAAAUAUUUGAAGAGUCCAACUUGGACAAAAAGCCCUCUAAAUUAAAAUCUAAAUCUUCAGGUAACACAUCUGUCAGAGCUUCCAUUCAAGGCCUUGGUAAAAGUUGCAGUCCGGUGUACCUUGGUGGAAGCUCUAUUCCAUGUGGGAUUGGAACAAAUAUUUCAUGGAGAGCAUGUGACCAUCUGCGUUGUAUAGCCUGUGAUUUCUUGGUAGUCAGCUAUGAUGACUAUAUGUGGGACAAAUCAUGUGAUUAUCUGUUUUUCAGGAACAACAUGCCAGAAUUCCACAAAUUAAAAGCUAAGUUGGUAAAGAAGAAAGGAACACGGGCAUAUGCCUGCCAGUGUAGCUGGAGAACUAUUGAAGAAGUGACUGACCUUCAGACAGAUCAUCAGCUUCGCUGGGUUUGUGGUAAACAUUAAGAAUGCAGACUGCACAUUCGGACAGAUGUAUCCAUGAGAGCGGUCUCCAUGAAUCAUCAUCAUAUUUAGAUAAUAGUCCCUAACAAUACCAAUCCCUGUGGGAAAAGGCAGUGAAUUUUAUUGAUACAACUACAUACAGUUUUGAAGACCAAAUGGACUAAGGAAGAUAAUGUAUUAUAACACUCUGGAAUUAUUCCUGAUAUAUGGAUGUUUCACUUUCUACAUUCUUUACUAAUGUGACAGGCAUCUACAUUCUUUAUUAAUCUGUCUUCUGUUUAAUGGAGGUUUGAUUAUGGAGUUCCAUACAAAUACCUAGUUUUUCAUUAGCAGCUGCAAUAUUGAUUGCUAAUACAUUUAGCAAAACAUUCCCCCACUUGUAGCAGUUAAAGUGGAUAAAGCCAGCCAGGGCAAAGAGGUCAUUUAGGAGUGUCUACAACACUUCCUCCAGUCAGAUCUCUUGUUACCAAAGAUCAUAAUUUAGACAUGGCAGAAACCAGGUGAUCAGUGGCUAACGGAAGGGUAUUCAGGAGUAGUUGCAGGUGUUUUGCAAAAACACUGCCUCAUAGCUGAUCUUACCUCAUCAACUCAAAGCAAUGUUAUGGACAAUAUUAAAUAUAUGUUACCAGUUUUAGCUUAUUUUUCCCUCUUUUGUUCAUUUAACUAUCAAAAGUUAUUUUCUAUUUUGAAUACCCAAUAAUAUAUAAAAAGAGUUUGAUGCAUCCAAAAUCAUAAAAAUCCUAAUACGUACAGGUUAUUGUUGGAUUUUCCAAGUACUUUCUAUCCUUUAAUGCCUAAAACUCCAUCAAAUGAAGUAAACAACAAGUAAUAUAAUUUUCAGGCAGCCUGUGGACUUUUCUGGUAGGAUCAGGUUAACAUAUCGUUUAUUAGGUGAGUAAGUGAAAAGACAAAGCAUAACUGAACCAGCAGGUAACCUAUUGGGCUUCUUCCUGACAUCACUGAGAUCUGAGGAGCCCUACAAUAGCAGCACAUUCAGGAAAUCAGAUCCCUCAAAAUUUCUAGUUAUCAACCCCAUUGAGAGAUUUUUGGGAGCUUUCCAAUCUGCCACAAACCCUCUGCUACAUAUGUACUAUAUAGUUUAAAUGUGUGAUACAGAGCACACUGAAAGGGAGUAAUUGAAACAAAGUUAUAAUCUUCUUAGUCUUAUGCUAAAUUUAUUCCAGCCACCCUACUGAAGGGAGGAAGAUCUGAUCAUUAGAAUCCUUUUCCUAGCCAUGACAUAUUUACAUACUUGUAAAAUUUACUGUAGUAAGUCUAGCAUUGCAACAGAAUAGAUCUUAUAAUGGCCAAUCCUAAUACUUUUGUAUUAAGGAUACCAUGACAGACUAAGCGUGGUGGCUAACGCCUGUAAUCCCAGCACUUUGGGAGGCUGAGGAGGGCAGAUCAGCUGAUGUCAGGAGUUCAAGACCAGCCUGGCUAACAUGAUAAAACACCAUCUCUACUAAAAAUACAAAAAUUAGCUGGGCGUAGUGGUGCAUGCCUGUAAUCCCAACUACUCAGGAGGCUGAGGCAGGAAAAUUUCUUGAACCUAGAAGGCGAAGGUUGUGGUGAGCCAAGGUUGCACCACUGCACUCCAGCCUGGACAACAGAGUGAGACUCCAUCUCAAAAAAAAAAAAAAAAAAAAAAAAAAGGAUAUUAUGACAGAUUUUAUCUUUUAAUAAAAAUGUAUUAUAUCCCAAAAGUUUUAUCUACAUGUAAUUGAGUCAGAAACCUAGGGGGAUGUUGAUUGAAGUCAACUGCUGGAAAAAAAUACCAGAGCAACAAGAUCCAUACAUUCAAAACCGCGUAGAAUUUGACACAUUAUUCAUAAUGGUGCAAUUCUUUUUUAUUCCAGUAAGCAAAUUUACUAAAUCACUAAUUUGAAAAAAGAAAUUUUUUUUGAGACAGUUUCACUCUGUUGCCAGUUUGGAGUGCAGUGGCAUGAUCUUGGCUCACUGCAACCUCUGCCUCCCAGAUUCAAGUGAUUUUCCUGCCUCAGCCUCCCGAGUAGCUGGGAUUACAGGCGCACGCCACCAAGCUCAGCUAAUUUUUGUAUUUACUAAUUUAGUAGAGACAGGGUUUCACCAUGUUGGCCAGGAUGGUCUCCAUCUCCUGACCUCGUGAUCCACCCGCCUCGGCCUCCCAAAGUAACCUACACUGCCUCUACGUUGAAGGGACAAAGUUGUCCUGGUUUUUUUUUCCCUUUUAUUAUUUCAUUAUAACUAUCCUAAAACGUACAUACAUUGCCUAUGUUUGGCAUUCCAUAACAUAAUAAUUAUAAUAAUCCCCCAAUGUCAGAAAUGUAUGUGUGAGUUCCCAUUUUUAUUGGCAAUUUAUAAGCUUUUUAAUAUUGUACUAUUUAAAACUAAAAUGUAGAAAGAAUAUUAUGUUUAUAUAGUCAGAUAAAUUAUUAACUUGUAAUUUAAGCUGAAAAUGAAACUAUUUUAGUAUCAGUAGAAGAAAAGUAUAGUUUCUAAUCAUCUAUAAUUUUAAAAUGCAAAGCCUAUAAAACUUUCAAGAUGUUUUGCCUAUUUGUUUUUUAAUAUUUAUAAUAAUUUUCUGUCUUUAGCAAGUAACUAUUUUUAAGCCAGGUAACUUCUGUAUUUGAACUGUAUUUUACUCUCAGACCCUCAUCCUGCCUAGAAAUGAGUAAUAAAUAAUUACUCUGUGUUAUUUACUUCUUUUAUUUUAUAGUAAAAUAUUGAUUUGGAUGG